UGGUACAUUUCCAAAACUCUUAUUACUUAUAUCACAACAGAUCAUCAAAAGUGCACCUUUUUCAAACAUUUCAGCAUAUUUUCAAUUGUGUUAGUACAAUACACAUAAUGACAAAAUAUCCUUGACACUACACAAAAUAAGUGUUUCAUCUAAAUAAAUGUUUCGUUCACAGUUACUGCCUUUCAUAAUGUUAUCACUAUAAAAUUUUGGAUGUGCAUCUCUUAUUGGUCAGUUUAAUACAUUUGUCUGUCACUUCAUUCAGCUGAUCUUAAUGUUUAAUCAAUGAAUCAUUCAUUAUGUCCAUGGAUUUCCAACUUGACUGAUUGUUGUCUGGUCAUUUGUAAGUUACACAUUGCUGCAAGAGCUUUCAAUCCAGAAAUACUAAUUGCUAAUUGUUUCCCCCUGAUGAUCACAAUUAGUUACCAUAUAAGUAGAACUGUGUUUGAGACUUUGCACUGUUCAAAUAUGGAGCAGGAUAGACUCGUAGGGAGAGGAAACCUUCAUCGGAGAGGUGGUGGUGGUGGUGCUCCUCGACAGAGAGGUGGUCUUCAGAGAAGUGUAGGCAGAAGACAACGCACCAUCAUCUCUAAUGAAGUCCGGGCCAUCAUUGUUGACCAUAUGGUUAACAGAGGCUUUACCAUGGCUGAGGCUGCCAGGUUGGUACAGCCUAAUUUACAAAGGUCAACUGUCAGCUCUAUCAUCAGAACUUUUCACCAAGAAAACCGAAUUAACAGGAGACAACCUGGUGGUGGUCGCCCACGUGUUUUGACUGACCAGCAGGAGUUGGCUGUGGAGGAAAUGGUCAGGGCAAGGAAUGACAUACGGCUGUCUGAAAUCAAACAGGCUAUUGAGAACAGCAAUGACACCUUUGCCAAUGUGCCAUCAAUUAGCCUUCCAACGAUGUCCCGGCUUUUGAAGAAGCACCAGGUUUCCAUGAAACAAAUUUACUUGGUUCCUUUUGAGAGGAACAAUGUCCGGGUGAAACAACUGCGUUCAGAAUAUAUUCAGAGGGUGAUGGAGCUGGACGCUGCUGUGAAUCAUCACACGUAUAUUUUUGUUGAUGAGGCCGGUUUCAAUCUGGCAAAAACUACAUGCAGAGGACGUAACCUUAUUGGACAAAGGGCUACCAUCCAAGUCCCUGGACAACGUGGGGGAAACAUCUCAAUGUGUGCAGCUAUAUCUGAAGAUGGUGUGGUAGGCUGUACACCAGUUCUAGGGUCAUACAACACUGAACACCUGAUAGUUGUUUUUUUUAAAUGAACUGGAGCAGGCCUGUGUAAUGGAAUUUCUUUUACUUAUGUACUAAUCACAUUAUUUUAUUGUAUAAUGCCUUGGUGCCACUGGA